UGUAUGCAAAGUCACGCCAAAAUGCAAAUAAUAAAAGCGAAGUAAACUGUAAAUUAUAAAUACAAGUUUUUAAACGUUCAUAAGAUUUCGAGUCCUCACAUCGGUCUGCAGUUUAAUGAUAGGUGUAAACUUUCAGCUUAUUUAGGUCUUAGAUCAGCCAAAAAUCUUGUUGCGACCAAAAUGCGCGAUUGAUCCAUGGACGUGAAACGGCGCUGCUACUGCUAGCUUCAACCUGUUGAAGUGUGGUGCUGGUGGAACUGUGGCAAUCAUCACAGCCACGACACACCGGGUAAGGCGGGAGAAGUGUGGAAAAAUUUCCUUGAGUGCAGACUGCUGCGAGAAUGAACAGCGGAACGGGAACGGCAUGGAGUCCGCUGGUGUUAAUGGAGCGGCUGAUGGGACACGAAGAGCGGGUGUGGUGCGUCAAGUGGAAUCCCCAGGGCACUCUAUUGGCCUCCUGCGGCGGCGACAGGAAGAUUCUCGUCUGGGGCCAACAGCGACCGCCGGAGACCUCGACCGCCAGUGAGGCGUCACGCGUCGAGGGUAGUAGCAGUCGUUGGGUGGCCAAAGUGUGCUUGACAGAGGGCCACACGCGGACAGUGCGAGGUGUGGCUUGGUCGCCCAGCGGCCUGUACCUAGCCUCGUGCUCCUUCGACCGCACCAUCGCCAUCUGGAAGCGCCAACUGGAUGAUGACUCGCAGCAGUGGACCUUCGGCGCCAUCGCCACCCUCGAGGGGCACGAGAACGAGGUGAAGUCGGUGGCCUGGUCCGCCUCGGGACAGUACCUGGCCUCCUGCAGUCGCGACAAAUCCGUAUGGAUAUGGUCAUGUGAGUACGACGACGAGUACGACUGCCUUAGCGUGCUGCACUCCCACUCGCAGGAUGUCAAACGCGUGGCUUGGAGCCCUGUAGAUGAUGUGCUGGUAUCGUGUAGUUACGACAAUACCGCCAAACUGUACAAAAACGACCCUAAUGAUGACGACUGGACGUGCAGUGAAACCCUGAACGGUCAUGAUUCCACGGUGUGGGGAGUGUGCUUCGAUAAUUCCGGUCGGCGUCUGGCCACCUGUAGCGACGACAACACCAUCAAAAUCUGGCAGUAUUUCGAGGGUGAUGUCCCGGCGGCCCCUGGAAGUCAGGGUGAAGGGAACGGCACCCCGGGAUUUAAAGCGAAACGGAAGACUGAAACCUCCUCGCAUUGGCGCUGCGUGUGCACGCUGAGCGGCCAGCACGAGCGAACUAUUUUCGACGUGGAUUGGAGCCAUGUGCACGGCGCUCUGGCCACAGGCAGCGCAGACGACGGCCUGCGAGUCUUCGAGGAGGAUUCCAACGUCCGCGACCGGUUGCGCGAGCCGCAGUUUAAUUUGGCGGCACACCAGCGCAGCGCCCACGCUCAGGACGUCAACGCUGUCACCUGGAAUCCACAUUCGGACACGGCUGACCUCCUGGCAUCCUGUGGCGAUGACGGCAUGGUGCACAUAUGGCGCUACACACGGCCAUCUUAAGGUCAAGCCAGAGCGUCCUUGUAGCGUUCCCUUCGACUUUCUGAUGUGAUGAUGCUUGUGGCUAUUAUAGUACGUACAGAGUCACAGACCGCCUUAAGACUGACAAAUGCCUUUUUUAUUGUGACGCUAAGAGAAUAAAAGAUUGCCGGCAAAAUCUGCACAAAAAUAACAA